UUUAGAUCUGGACGUUGGCGAACCCUAGAAAUCUCUCCGCCACCUUAAUACGGCCACCUCGAUCCGGACGACGAGAUGGCCUCGCAUACGCCCAUAGAAGAGCUUUUGCGUCGUUUUACGAGACCAAUUACGAGACCAAUUUCCCAGCCACCAACUGCUGCCCGUAGAAUGACCCGCCCACCUGAGGGCGAGUUCGUCGCUUCUGAUCAAGUCUCUAGGUCUUUCUCUAGGCGCUUCACUGAAACCAAAGGACGAAUGUUGCAACCAUAUUUGACCGAGCUGACAGAUGCUCUCAAGGUGUAUGACAUUUCUUGCCAACUGACUGUGCAGCUUGGCUCACAGCUUGACCCAUACAGUGAGAUGACAUUCUCCACAAGCAACACAAACAGCGAAGCUAAUGUUGCCAGGGGUAGGAAAGCUCUUGAAUAUUUGCAAUUGAUGCCAUUUCGCCUUGCUCCUAUGGUGAUAAAGUACAUCAAUGGAAGUUUUACUGAUGAAAUCCUAACUGGGAAUCAGGAAGGUGGGCUUCGCUCAACAUAUAGAAUCGAAUCAGAGCAAUUGCUUAAGUGCAAGAGACUCCUCUCUGGUUCUUUACAGGACCUUGAACGACUGACGGGAUGUGAUAUUUGGCUUGGUGCGGACCGCGUUAUUAUUGUCGGUACACUUGAAGGAUCAAGGCUAGCAAGGGAGGUUGUGGAAGACUGCAUCGUUCGUAAUGUGCCUCCUGCGCCCAAAAUCAGAAACCUCAUGACGAGUCUAGCAUCGCAGGAAUUCGAGACUCUGGGUUUAUGAAUUGUGAUUGUCGAGUGGAAUCUUAAAUCAUGAAUGUUUAUGGAUGAUAAUUAAGCUAUGCAACUCUUGUUAGUCAUCUACUUUUUAUGUAAUAAGAAGAGAAAAAUUUAGUUAUCGUCCCCAAACUAUGCUGCCAAG